GGGAGGUCAGGCUUGAAUUUUGCCGGUCGUCCGCCAUUACUCGACGCUCGCCAAGCGAGAGUGUUUUUGAGCAUUUGUGCCCAAAAUUCGUCGAAGAGCAACAGAUCACCGCCCGAGUUUGAGUUGGAAGAAGCUUGUUCUUUAGUUUUGUGUGCACAAAAAUCCGUACGUCAACAAGGGGAGAAACGACGGAGGAGGGGCCGCUAUGGCGGAUCGUCUAUUGCCAGCCUUGUGCAUCAAGGAUAAAAGUGUGGUGGCCAAGCGGCAGCAGUGUAUACUGGUACCGACAGAUGCGGCAAGGGAAGCACUGAAGGUUCCCAAGAAGUCCCUGUCGGUGCCGCCGGCAUGUAUGGAGGAAAAAACAGCUCUUCAAGAAGCCAAGAGACGCUGUCGCCAGUAUUCUGCACAGCCAACUGAAGUGCAGUACCUGGGCCAGCUAGUGCUGACCUUUGGCAAGUACACCAACAAGACCUUCAAGUGGUUGUUGGAGAAUGACGUCGGUUACGUGAAGUUCCUGGUUGACAAGCACUUGAAGGAUGUCCGCAACACUGCACGCAAAGUCGAGGUGCGGGACCGGUGGCUUAAGGACAGCCUGUUGAAGUACGUCAACCAUUUCCCACCAGUGUCCUCCCACCUUGAAGUCAACAUCGACUCCUGCACGUACGGGCAUGGCCGCUUCAAGGAUUUUACCUACAAAGAAAUGUGGGAGUGGUACAAGUACCACAAAGUCCUUGAAGCGGACCAACAGCUUGGUACUGCACAGGACCGGAAGAUGGCAAAGGAAGCCUUCCUGUCCAUCCGUCAGUGGCUGAGACUACGGGAGGAGGACAUCACGAGCCGACCGAUGAAAAGAUUUCGGCAAUACAUCUUAGGGAAGGAGAAGGCAUCCACCGACAAGAAGACAGAACCAGCACGCACGGACGUCCAACCUUCCACCAGCACCUUCAGCCCAGCUGACCAUGACCCAACCUGGGAUGAUGACACCGACCUGAUCGAGGCUGUACAGAGCAUGGAAGCUACAGAAGGUCAGUGACGUGUGUGGCACAAGUAUAAUGCCCAGUCAAUAAAGUUCUCCAUUUCUCAUCUGUGUCAUUGUUGUGAUGAAAUGUUGUGUCAUUGUCUGUUGACUAUGUUAUCAUCACCGUAUACUCGUGUUAUUAUAUAACCAGUGUGAUGUUGUGU